CUUUUUCAAGAAAGCAAAGUAGUUCUGGUACAAGAUUUAAUUCUUGAAGCGUUUCUUGAUAUGAUGCAGAUGGAUGAAGCUCUUCUCUCAAGGACAGGAGGAGUAGACGAAGAGUCUGUUAGGCCAUCACCAAGGAGAGAAUUUCCUUCAGGCUACCUUGAUCUUGGUCUCGGCUCCUCCCGACGCCAAUCAGCAGCACAUCUUAUCACAAAUGAUGGCAUCAUUCCCAUCAUCACAACCCCCAUGUCCUCUUCCUAUUUAAACCUCAUUGCCAACUUCAGCAUCGACAAAAAGAGACGACUUUCACGCCGCUCGCACUCCGCUCCAUCCGUAUUUACUGACAUCCGGGAAGAUUUUCACGAUUCCGUCGACCCCCGACCUCCCCAAAGAUCAACCCCGUUAAUCGUCCGGCAAGCCUUUAUCGGUGUCAUUCUAUAUGUCAUACUUGUAGUAACAAUAUUUUUGACGAGUGGGAGUUUCAAGGGUUAUACUACGUUCAAGCCAGUGGAUGCCCUGUACUUCACUGUGGUCACUCUUUGCACCAUUGGGUAUGGUGAUAUCGUUCCGGACACCACAUUCACAAAGCUGUUUACUUGCGUUUUCAUUUUAGUUGGUUUUGGAUUCAUUGACAUCCUGCUCAAUGGGUUGGUAACAUACAUUUGUGACAGGCAAGAGGCAGUCUUAUUGAGCGCCGUCGAUGAGAAUAAGUUCAACUCAAUGGUUCGAACAUAUAUGGUAGAUACAGAAAAAGGAAGAAUGAGAAUAAGAAUCAAAGUAGGGUUAGCUUUGGCUGUUGUGAUUGGGUGUAUUGCUAUAGGAACAAUUAUGGUGCAUUUCCUGGAGGAUAUGACAUGGGUUGAUAGUUUUUAUCUCUCAGUUACAUCAGUGACUACUGUAGGUUAUGGGGAUUAUGCUUUUACCACGAUUACAGGAAGGUGUUUUGCAGUAAUUUGGCUAUUAGUUAGUACAUUAGCUGUUGCCAGGGCCUUUCUAUACCUCACUGAGCUUAGGAUUGACAAGAGGAAUCGCAGGAUUGCAAAAUGGGUUCUUCAGAAGAAGAUUACUGUGGGGGAUUUGGUAGCUGCAGACCUUGAUAAUGAUGGAUCUAUCAGUAAAUCUGAGUUCAUCAUAUACAAGCUUAAGGAGAUGGGAAGGAUAACAGAGAAAGACAUCUUGCAGAUUGGCAAACAAUUUGAUUUGCUGGACACAAGCAAUUGUGGCAAAAUUACUCUGGCAGAUAUCAUGGAAGGCGACUGAUUCAAACAUGGUUUCCCAAAUGGAAAUGAAUGAUAAUGACAUUUGGGAUAUUGCCUCAGCAAUAGCCAACGCCAGGACCUCUCAAAACCUGGUACAGAAGGCAAACAAUGUGAGGAUGUCCAAUUAUUCCUAGUCAAACACAAGCAGAACGAGGCAGUUGAUCCCAUCAUUCAGAGACGAGGUCAGAUGGUUAUGCUAGUGGGGGCUAUUCUUUUUCAAAUGCCUUCAUAUACAUAGGGAUGUUCCAUGAUCUCAAUUCAUUGUUACUCCUUACAAUUUUUUCUUAGCUGGAGAAGUCAGCUUUUAUCUCAUCCUACAGAAUGUAAAUCCUAUAUCAAUGUAUAUCAAAACUUCCCGAAACGUAAAUAGCUAUACUAAUAGCAGAAACACGAAUACUCCAAAGAGACAGAUUGUAUUGUUGUUUCCCAAUUCUGGUAGUAAAAUGUUCAAUAUCUGUAGCUCUCCUACAA